AUGGCAGCGCUAUGUUUUUUUACCACUGCUGAAUCAUAUUAUCUCUUCUAUCCAUCCUACAACUACGGUUGUUGUGGUGGCUACGGCAAUUUCGGUGGUUAUGGCGGUUUUAACGGGUAUGGUGGUUAUUUUGGUUUUGGCGGUUAUGGUGGUUAUGGCGGUUAUGGUGGUUGCUGCGGCAGUAAUAUGUACUGGAUGUUCAAGAAAUAA